CACACUGCUAGAACCAGAUCAGGAGAAUCAGGAGCUCUAGGUUCCAGGCCCACCUGUACCAGUGGGAGUGCCUACCUCUUGGCCUCAGUUCCCUCUCUGUUAGAAGGAAGAGGUUACUGUCUAACCCUAGGGACACGCUGCAGGAUUGCUGGUGACCUGAUGAUCACAUCUCUUGGAGACAGAAUGGGCAAGUGAGAUGCUGAGUAAGUGGAGGUGGUGUCAGUCCAAAGGCCCAGAGCUCGUGGCUGGCCUUCAUUCUUUCUCCUUUCCUUGGCCAGAGUUCCUCUUUGAACAUCUUUCCUCUUCCAAUGAAGCACUUGUCUGGUCCAGCUGCAGCUGCUUGAUCCUCCUGGCUGAAGAACCGCUCUUCUUUUCCAAAUGCCACACGGUGUAUGGUUGGUACUGUGGGUCCUGUAUUUUUGGGGGUUGGGGGCAGGUAGAAACCAAACCAGACUCUGCUUCCCUGCUUGGUAAGCUGCGUGGCCGUCGCUGGCUUCUCAACGGAGGAAGGAGGGGCCAGCCCCAUGACCACCUCUUCUGUGGGGCAGUAGAGGAACCACAGAGCCCUGAUCCCUGGCCUACAUCCUUCCGCGUGAGGUAGGGAUUGAGGCAGUGGUGAGAAGCCUGCAGGAAAGCCUGAAGAUGAACAACACAGAGUUGCACAAGCAAAGCCUGCUGCUCUUCGCCGAGAUCCUGACUCGGCAGCCGGAGGAGAUCAAGUUGUUCACAAGCUCAGCCCUCUGCAGAGACGCUGGCCGUGUCCUCCGCGAGGCCGUGAGCAGCCCUGUGCUGGAGGUGGCCGCCGAGGCGGUGAGGGCCACUUGUGCUUUUCUGAGGAAGGAUCACCAAAGCGCUCCACCCGUGCAGUAUAGGGAGCUGCAGGCCCUGCUGCAAGCCAUGCUGAGCCGGUGUGUGGAAUUCUCCCAGGUCUCACUCAACAGAAAGCCCCUGGGCCACGCUUACAGUCGCGAUUCUGAGAAGGCCAUUUUCCGAAGGGGGACAUUCAUCCUGAGCACUCUGGAGGGCUUUAGAAGUGCCUGCAGGUUGGCUGUGGAAUUUCAGAGUGAGCCUUUGGCCCAGGAGAAUCCAUUCACAGCCCCAAGCGCCGAGAAAGAAGACACCCUGGCGGCCUUCUCAGAAUUUCUUCUCAGCUCCUGUGACUCUCUCUGUAUCCCCAUGGUGCUGAGACACCUGGAGCAGGCCGCUCAGCCGGCCCUGGUGGAAGUCUUCUUCUCCAUUCUGCACAGCCUGUUUGUCAUCGUUCCCCACAUGAAGGAGAAGUUUUCUGAGAAACUCGCCGCCUCCUCUUUCAUACAACUGACCCUGGAGCUGAAAGCCAUGUUCUGCAGCGGCCCGAGCUACUCAGCCCUGAACCAGGUGUGUUCCAGCUUCCUCUACUACAUGUGCCUCAACCUUCUGUCGGCUCCAAAGAAGACAGAACCGCCUUCCCGGGAAGAACUCUCUGCGGUAUCUGAGCUCCUGCAGCACAGGCUGCCCCAGAUAAGCAGCAGGAGCCUGGAGAGCCUGGCCUUCCUGUCCGAGCGCCAGUACGUGGAGGGAGCUGCUCGCCAGAAACAGUACUGCAUCCUGCUCCUCUUCUACCUGGCCCAUGUCCAUGAGGACAGGUUUGUCUCAGAGGCGGAGCUGUCUGCGGCCGUGCAGAGCUUCCUCCUGUCCCUGCAGGACCAGGGGGAGUGCCCUCCGCUGACUGUCCUCAAAGCCUCCAUCUACCUGCUUGCGGUCUGCCAGGUCCAGGACAGCAUGCUGGAUGAGGUGGUGGUCAGCGCAAUCCGGAAGUUCCUGGAAGGCCUUUCAGACCUGCGCCUAGUAUACACCCACCACCUGCUCUCGCUCAGCUUCUUCCUGUCCUAUCCGGAGCUGAUGAGCAGGUUUGGGCAGCGUGUCCUGGAACUUUGGUUCUCCUGGGAGGAGAGCUGCUGUGAGGAACUGGAUGAACUCCCAACGGGGCCAGAGCCCACCCUGCCUGCCAGCUUAGUCGCUCUGUUCCAGAUACUCCGAAGUAGCCCCAGCAUCCUGCUCAUUCUGCUUGACCUCAUCUAUUCCAGCCCAGUGGACACAGCUCGCAAGGUGCUGGUUGUCCUGAGGACCUUCCUGCGGAGGAACGAGGAUGUCCAAGUGGGGGGUCUCAUCCGAGGCCACUUUCUGCUCAUCCUGCAGCACCUGCUGGUGGAGCACGGGGCCUCCCCCUCAGGAGGGAACCUGCCGUUGCUGCUGAGCCUCCUCUCCUUGGUGCAGCUGAGGAGCAAGGCCGAGCAAGAGCUGGACAGCAUGGCCAUGAAGCUACUUCACCAAGUGAGCAAGCUGUGUGGGAAGUGCAGCCCCACAGACGUGGACAUCCUCCAGCCCUCCUUCAACUUCCUGUAUUGGAGCCUUCAGCAGACUACGCCCAGCAGUCAGAAAAGAGCGGCUGCCGUGUUCCUGAGCAGUACAGCCCUCAUGGAGCUUCUGGAGAAGAUGCUGGCCCUCACCUGGGAGGAGACGGACAGGCCCAUGACCACGCUGCUCUGCUCUGCCUGGCUGCUCACCGCCUCCUUCUCUGCCCAGCAGCACGAGGGCAGUUUGCAGGUUCACCAGACGUUAUCUGUGGAACUGGACCAAGUCCUGAAGGCCCUCAGCUUUCCAAAGAAAACAGGUGCACUGCUCUCAGCCGCCAUCUUAUGCUUCCUGCGCACGGCCUUGCAGCAAAGCUUCUCCUCCCGCCUGGUGGCCCUGGUGCCCUCAGAGACCCGGCCACCACCCACCCCUGGGGACACCGUCCUGGCUCCUCUGGGAACGUCCCAAGUGCUGUCCUUGCUCAUUGGGCUGCAGAACCUCCUGGCGAAGAAGGACCCUGUAUUGUCCCAGGCCUGUGUUGGCUGUCUGGAGUCCUUGCUUGACUACCUACACGCCCGGAGCCCAGACAUGGCCCUGCACGUGGCCUCCCAGCCCUGGCACCGAUUUCUGCUGGUUACCCUCCUGGAUUCUGGAGAGAAUGCCUUCCUGCAGCCUGAGGUCUUGAGACUCAUGACCCUGUUUGUGCGAUACCGGAGCAGCAGUGUCCUGUCUUGCGAGGAGGUGGGUCUCAUUCUGCAAGGCGCGGCUGUGGCUGACCCGUCCACCCUGUCCAGCAGCACGCUCCAGGCCCUGCGUGUCUUCUUCCUGCAGGUCCAGAAUACGGGCCUCCUGACUGACCACAGCACAGCCAAGACACUGCAGGCCCUUCUGGAGGGCCUUUCUCCUGCUGCCUCCUCUGCCCAGCCACCCCCGCCGGACAUGCUCUGCCAGGGAGGGGUGGCCAAAUCGCUGCCCCACAUCAGAGACCGAGCCGGGGAGGUGGGGUGGAGCGGACACUGAGAGAACUCAGACCUGAAAGUAAGAGUAAAGGCAAACAAACAAACUUGAGCAGCACUGGACCCAUUUGUUGCACCUCUGACAUGGAAUCGCAAUAAAAUUAUAGACCCACACGUGGCCUCAGGGGCACGCUGGACUUGAGGCCCAUCCUGCCUCCUGCGG